AUGCCAUCGCAAGCACCAAGUCUUGCAGCGCAUUCGCUCGCUCCCUCCUCCAACUACAGCUCCUACACCCACAAUAAUACUGAAGAAAAACGACCCUUGCAGAUGGAGGCCCCCAAGUUUCCCUUGGCCGGCCCGGGGUAUGUGAUAUUAAAUCUCGUUCGGGUCAUGAACAUCAUCAGCCUUCUUGUCGUCAUCGCCGCAAACAUAAUUCUGCUGAUCAAAAUCGUCCUGGUCACCAAUUUUUUCUUUUUCGAAGCCGUUACUCAUGUUGCCUCUGCAUCCGUCUGCUCAUUCCUCAUUGUCUCGGAACUCAGCGUCUUCAGGGCGUAUUUUGACCGGAACUGGCCCCUGCUCGGCGAAGACUCCGGCUUUGUGACUCUCGGGGCUACCAUGGUGUUGCUCGGUAUCUCGACUCUGGGGGAGCUGAACAACCAGUCCACCCGCCCGAAAGAAAUAGGCCUUCCCUUCUGGAAACUCAUCCUCGGAGCUGGCGUUGUGUCAAUUGUCAUCGGGACCCUCAAUAUUGGCCUGAGCUAUGUAUUUCGAGAUCCAGAUAUCGGAAUCUCUGCACGUCAUGUUCGUGCCCGAGGAGCUGUUGCUACGCAAGAAGUGGUCACUCGCAAGGACAGCUACAGAUCCUUCAAGCUCUCGCACAAAGCCUCCCUGAACACCUACAAGUCUUCAUCCACCACUCCACGGAUAGGCUCAAUUCGACAUAAACGACAUCCCCAGCCCCCUAACGGAUACCCAGUCCACAUCUCUUCACCUCUAGACGCCUUCUCUACACCGCCUGCCAACGCAUCUAGGUCACCGGCGCCAAUGCCGGCGCCCAUGCCCAUGCCUUCUGCGGAGAUUGCCGCUCCCAAUCUCGCCCAUCAUCCUGCAAUGUAUUCUAACUAUAUUUGA